GCAGGUUAUUAUGAUCAUUGAUUACUAUUCCUAAAAAAAUUGGUUUAAUUAGUAUUCUUUCCUUUCUUUCAGUUUAAUGUUGGAGAUGUUGCCAAGUUUAAGGUGCACAAGUCUGACCAGUCUUCUCUGGAUCUAACAGUUUUCUAUCAGGUUUUCAGUAAAGGCAUGUCUGUGACCAGUGGUACAGUUGACUUUGGACAGACUACAUCAGCAAUACUUCCUGUGACUGUCAGCAGGUGGAUGUCUCCCAUGGCAACAGUAAUGGUAUAUGGUGUAUCCAAUGGUUACCUGCUUACAGCAAUGCAGAAAAUCAAAGUCAACCUCAAUUUAAAUGCCAAGGCCAAGAUGUCGUAUGGGAUUUCUCGAGCUGCGGUGGGGUCAGAUGUCACUCUUACAGUGACCACACCAGAACAGAACUCGUACGUGGCAGUGGUGGCCAUUGACAAGGGAUCGGAGCUUCUCGGGACGAUAGAUAUCACAGAGAAAGAGAUUUUAACAGGCUUAGAGAUGUAUGCUAUGGGAAGUAAUCCAGAAAAUGGACCUAAUAGACCUGUGAUCAUGAACAGGAAAAAGAGAACUGUAAUUAAUCCUUACUACCCAUCCUACAGCACAGCUAAGAUUCUUACAAUGGCUGGCGUGAUGUGUCUCACGGAUGCCACUAUUCACAAAGAAAUGGAGAGCUUCAUUGAUUUUGAGGAGUUCGCAGAGGGAGCAGUUGCUCCAGGUAAUAAAAGACAAGACGAUGCCCCAGCUCUUCCAGGCGCAGUAACUGCAUUUUCAAAAGACGAGACUAAAAUCCGGAAAAAUUUUCCAGAGACCUGGAUCUGGAUGGAUGGGAAAAGCGGGUCAGUUUAUGUCAGUAAU